UUUAAUACGUCUAUAUUUGCUUUCUUUCAGAAAGAGAAGGACACUAAAUUCAAGUUUGCGAGGACGCGUAUCUGGAUGUAUUACAUCAGGGAAGUCAGUCCUCUACCACCGCCAUUUAACCUGAUACCAGUAGAAAAAAUUGCCUCCGCAGUCCGUUGGCUUGCUAGAAGAUACAAUUGGGUUAAAAAAGUAAGUAAGUAAGUAGCAAAGCCUCGCCGCAUCCACAUGAAAAAUGAUUUAAAUGUUACGAAAUUAUUAAAAAAGGAAUUAAUGUUUUGGUAAAAACUAAAGCAAGUAUGGACUCGAACCAAGGUCACAAGAAGUAAAUCUACUAAAUAUUUCUUACAAUAAUCGAUCUAUAAUUUAUAUUAUCGAGACACAUGUUAGGAGACGUAAAUGUGCGUGUUUCUUUGGUUUCUAUUCUCGUGCAAAUAGUUUCUCAAGCUUUACGCCUGAAAACUAUCCGGAUAGGUUGCAAACUUGGCCUGAAAUAAAACGCGCGUUUUCUUUUGCUUGCUGUCGUCGUUUUUGUUGCCGUUGUUAGGCUACUUCAAACACUGUUUUCAUGGUAACAUCCUUAGAGUCUUUUGUAUUCCUUUUUUAGUGUCUUGGUUGUAUCAAAGCAGAAGAACUAAUUAGAAAAGGGUAAGUAUAUCAAUUUUUAGAAAAUUAGAAUGAACCUUUAUUCUCGUCAUAUAAGCAAGAAUAGUGAUAACCAAAGUAAAUAAGCCUCAAUAAACCGGCCGGACUCAGAGAAAAUGUACCUUCGACCGGGAGAGAAGAAAGCAGGCUCUCCUAUAAAAUUUUUGGGGUUCUCGUUGAAAAUUCCCUUUUAGAAGUGCUAAGUCUAAAACAACACAGCAGGACUAGCUCAGUCAGUAGAGGGGCUUGACAGCAGAGCAAGAGUGUCGCGGUUUCGACCCCUCGGUAUACUGACAGGGUCCACAAGAUACUGCGAAAUAAAUGUUUUGCCUUUGCUUUGCAAAUGGCUGGUCCUUUGCGUGGCUCGGACGAUGACCACGUAAAAUGGCAGUCCUGUCUCCAGUAUGGAAACGUAAAAUACAGUUGUCAAGUUGUACUUUCGUGCUCAAUACAUUGACACUGCAAUAAAGCGCGCUUUUUAAAAUUUUGAUCGGCAGAUUUUCAUUUGAAAAAAUGAGUCAUUUCAUAAAUCGGUAGGUGAUCAUUUCAUAAUUUAGCUAGACAGUGCAGUGUUCUCAGUCGAGGAUGAGCGAAACUAUAUAAGGCUGUCGAAUUUCAAAAGCUUUUUCACAUAAGGGUAUUAUUCUUCAGCGAAUAAUCUAUAAAGAAUUAGAACGGAAGCAUGGGAGGCAGGCAUGGAAGAGGAAGCGUUGGUAACAAAUAGUUAAGCUCGCCUCUUAUUAACACCGUUCUUAUAAACGUAACCAAUGUUCGACUAGUCGUUACAAGGUAACUAUUUUGCAUCCUUUGCUUACUCUUUCUUCUGUCUUUUACAUUCUCCUUUUUUUUUUCGAAGUAACAGGACUAUUUAUUUCUCGGUUCUGUACCUGAAUACCCUGCAAAGAGUAGAUAGCCUGCAUAUUGAAGGUCCUGAACUUAACACUUUGAACUUAGUUAUCAUGAUAUUUAGUGCAAAUAGUAAAAGAGUUGUUUGACCUACAGUUUCUUUAAUCAUUCCUUUUUUGUUUUUGUUUUCUGUUUAGCGACGAGUCGUUAUGAAAAAUUUGAUACAUCGCUAUUUUUCUGCUAAACGAAAUACACUAAGGAAGGAACCCGAUAAGAACACCACCCCCUCAGACGAGGAUACCCCUGAGGAGGAAGAUGAGGUACAAACCAAGCUGAUGGAGGUCACUAAAACAUUGCAAAGCCUGCAAAAAGCAGUUCAUCAGUUUCGCGUAAGACACCAGCGGUAA